UGGCGGGAGAAGGGGGGAGGAAGGGGUCGCUUCCGGUGGCCGCGGCCAUGGCGGAGCUGAGCUCCCGCCUCGAGGCGCUGGAGCGGCGCUUGGCGAGGGUGGAGGCGGCCCUGCGGGUCCCCGCGGUGCCCAUCACCUUCGAGGACGUUGCGGUGCCCUUCAGCAGAGAAGAAUGGGCCCACCUGGAUGAUGAGGAGAAGGAGCUCUACAGGAACGUGAUGCAGGACAACUAUGAGAUGCUGGUGUCCCUCUACUGCGCCCUUGCCAAGCCUCAACUUUUAUCUCGGAUGGAAAGAGAAGAGUUGGACGCUCCGGUGGGGUCAAGCGUGGAGAAAGCAGAUGUGUCCUCAGAUCCAGCCAAAGGGUUGGACCAGCCAAGUUGUGUGGGCGAUGAUGGUCCUCUGGAGGUGAAGUCAUCAGAGUCUUCCAAUGGGGACGUGGAGGAGAACCGGAGCGUGGAGGAGAACCAGAGCGUGGAGGAGAACCAGAGCGUGGAGGAGAUCCUGAGCGUGGAGGAGAUCCUGAGCGUGGAGGAGACCCUGAGCGUGGAGGAGACCCAG